GACAGACGAAUGCAAAACAUGAGUUCUAUCGAUGGGAAGAAUAUAGAUAGAAAUGAGCUACUAAAGGCUCAAGCCAAUGUGUGGAAUCACAUCUUUAGUUUCAUACACUCGGCUUGUCUUAAGUGCGCUGUUGAAUUAGGUAUACUAGAUAUCAUUCACAACUAUGCGAAACCCAUUACAGAUCAACAAAUUAUUUCCGCACUACCAAUCAACCCCUCAAAAGCAGAUGGUGUUCAUCGCCUAAUGCGCAUAUUAGUUAACUCUGGUUUCUUCAAGAAGGAAAAAAUAAAUCCAAAUGAGCUAGAAGAAGGAUAUGUUCUUACCACUUCUUCCCAAUUGCUCCUCAAAAACAAUCCCUUCAGUAAUAUACCAUUUUUGUUUGCGAUGGUUGAUCCUAUCUUAAUGAACCCAUGGCCCCAUCUCAGCACAUGGUUCCAAAAUGAUGAUCCAACUCCAUUUUAUACAGCACAUGGGAUCACAUUAUGGAACUAUACUGCCCGUGAACCUAGAUUUAAUAAUUUGUUUAAUGAAGCUAUGACAUGUGAUUCUCAUUUAGUGACAACAAUUAUAAUAAAUAAUUGUAAAGAUGUUUUCACUGGGUUAAAGAAAGUGGUCGAUGUUGGAGGUGGCACUGGCAAGUUUACUAGAGGUUUGGCCCAGCAAUUCCCAAACUUAGAGUUCACCGUUUUCGAUCUUCCACAAGUAGUUGAUGGCUUGCAAUCCACCAAUAACUUGACAUAUCUCGGGGGAGAUAUGUUUGAAGCAAUUCCUCCUGCCGAUGGGAUUAUGUUUAAAUGGGUAUUACACAAUUGGAAUGACAAAGACUGUGAAAAGAUACUUGAACGUUGUAAAGAGUCAAUAAUGAAAAGUGACAAAAGAAGUGGUAAGGUGAUAAUAAUAGACAUUGUCAUGGAGAAGGAAAAGGAAGAUAUAGAGUUGAUCGAAACACAACUCUUAUUUGACAUGGUAAUAAUGGCCAACCUCCCUGGAAAACAAAGAACUGAGGAAGAAUGGGCUACACUCUUCUUUCAUGCUGGAUUCCAUCACUAUAAGAUUAUUCCUGCACUUGGUACAAGAUCAAUCAUCGAACUCUAUCUUUAAUUUCUAUUUACUUACAAUAUGUAUUUAUAUUAAAUAAACAUAUUGGUAUAGCCAAUUAUUUUCUUAGAUAUAUUGUUGUUAUUUGUUUCGUAUAUGCUUGUUUAGAUCGUGUAAUAUAUAUUUUCAUUAUUGGUUGAAAAGAAAGACAAGCAUGAAAGCUAA